AUGACUGAAAUCCAAGCUAGGUCAAGUCAUCCCUGCCCCUCUAUCAGCUCGAAACCAUUCGGUAAACAGCAAGCACUCAAAAGGGCUACCUCUCGAUCAAUCUGCAAACGAGCUCCCUCCGCAUCUUCACUGUCUUUCGGGCACAUCCCCAAUGUUCUUCCGGGCCAACAAUGGCAGAAGAGGGAACAAGUCAGCCAUGCCGGUGUCCAUAAACCAUACCAAAAUGGCAUCUGGGGCACAGAGAGGGCGGGUGGGGCCUACAGUGUGGUUUUGAGCAAUGCAUACCAUGAUUACGACUGCGGCGACAUCAUCUGGUACAUGGGAAGUGGUGGAUUCAGACGCCCCGGGACCAAGCAAGUAAGAUCAACCAUGCAAGACAAUCAAAAUCCCCAUGGCCCGUACAACAGCGCGCUCCAGAUGUCACUUCGAACCGGCCACCCCGUCCGAGUCGUUCGAGGCUCACAACUAAUCGCGUCCCCAUGGGCACCUGUGUCUGGAUACCGCUAUGAUGGCUUGUACAAAGUCACCCGCGCCGAUAUGGUGAGAGAUCCCUCGGGGGUGACAUCGUUUAAGUGCGUCGUGUUUCGGAUGGAACGAGUCGAAGAAGCCGGAUAUGGAUUAUAUGAACUUCCUGUCAAACGGGGUCAAGCUACCCUGGCCCUCAGCAGAGCCAGCAAAGGACGAUCGCGCAAAAUCAAAGAAGAUGAACAAAAUGCAGGCUCAAGCCUCAGCUCGAACAAACUCCUCAGACGGUGCAAAACUUCUCUCCGUCCGGCCCAGCAGUCAACCGCAUUUCAAACGCGUCCUACUGAGACCUUGCCUUCCAUUCAAGUACACGCUCAGUCAAUCGCCUUUCAACCGGCUACUCACCCUUUCCCUUCCCUUCGAGCACAUCCUCAGUCAACCGCCUGUCAAUCGCGUCCUAAUCCCACCUUCCCUUCCCUUAAAGCAAACCCUCCCCAUGAAGAUUUGCCAAUUUCCUUACAACCUGUCAAAAAACCAUCCAUACCCCAAAACCAAGCCACCGAGUCUCCACAGCCUGGCAUGUCCAAGGGGGUCUUCAGCUUGAAGUUUAAGAGACGCGAUUCACCAGCUCGACCUGUUCAGUUCCCCGAAACCAAACUUUCUCCUGUCCUACAAAGCUACACAACUAGUCCAGUUCCCGACUACAAAGCCAAAAGUCAAUCUCCUUGCUCUGCCAUUUCUACGGACAUGUCGCUCGACGUGUCCGAGUCCGAAGGCUUGCGACCGGAAAGGCUCCUCUCACCUCUACCUCUUAAUGAUUUUACCUUCCAGAUAACGGAUCAACAGUCAAAACAUAGUUGGUCAGCUUCACCAGACAACCGUCUCUCUUCACCCACUUUCAUCAAACCCAGCUACCAAGCUCCAAUCCCCACUCGAGCAUUCCCUCCAUGCCCCACAGUUCCAAAUUCGCCCGUUCGACCACUUUCAAAGGCUUCCCUAGAGGCAGCAUGGCAAUUUGCCUCUACUGAUCACGCCCCACCCCAAACCCUUACAAAUCUUCUGUUGGACAUCAAGGCCUUCACCGAAAUCGAACACCACACCUGCUCGGGCUGCAUGCAACUCGACAUGGAUCAGUCGCAGGGUAUCGAUUUUGAUCCUGCUGAAUGGGUACCAGCCAUCAAGAAGGAGGAGGCUGACAUUUCAGAAGAUCUUCGUCACAACGAUACCGUGGCCCCAAUCGUGGACUGGCCCCAGCCUGGCAAAACCGAAGAAGUUAAGUGGGAGAUGCCUGACAUGGGCAACUUGGACGGCACAGAGUUGGAGUCUGAAGAGGACAGCGUUGAUGACGAACAGCAAGGAAAAGGCGACUCGAAUCAAACGCUGCCUAUCCGCGGCCCUGGCAAAACCGAAGGAGUUAAGUGGGAGAUGCCUGACAUGGGCAACUUGGACGGCACAGAGUUGGAGUCCGAAGAGGACAGCGUAGAUGUUUAUAUGCGGGCCAACCACAUUGAUGCCGUCUUGUGA